GACAUGCCAGAACACAAUCCAGGAGAUAUGGGUGGAACAAUGAGACUGGGGAAGAGAAGGACUGUUUUCAAAACACAAAAUUCUGUUUUAAGUAAACUUUACGGUGAUGAAACGUUUGUAGAGGAGCGACACAGGCAUCGAUAUGAGGUGAACCCAGAAUUGACUCACUGCUUUGAAGAGAAAGGUUUGAAAUUUGUUGGCCACGAUACGGAAGGGAACAGAAUGGAAAUUAUUGAACUGGAGAAUCACCCUUACUUUGUGGGAGUUCAGUUCCACCCAGAGUUCUCCUCAAGACCUAUGAAACCUUCACCUCCAUACCUUGGGCUGUUGCUAGCAGCAACUGGGACACUCAAUGCAUACUUGCAACGUGGAUGCAAAUUGUCUCCAAGUGACAGCUACAGUGACCUCAGCGAUGACAGCUCUCCAGAGAAAGACUUUCCUAAUUCAGAAACAAGCUGAAAUGAUUGUAUGAGGUCACAGAAAUGGAUGAUGCUAUUGAG